AUGGUAGCUGGUGGUAGUAAGCCAUAUUGUGCUUCAAGUGACAUUCCCUUGCCUUACUCCUUCUAACCGCGCUUCACCUGCACAGCACGAUAUCUUUCCCUUGCAGCACGAUAUGUAAGUUCCCGCCAUUCGAUCCGGAGCAGAGCACAGCCCAGGCCACGCUGACGGAGAUUGGAUGUAGGAGACUCAUCGUCCGCGACGACAAGGCCACGGCCUCAAAAUACAUCUCCGACUACAUCAUCCAACGCAUCCUGUCCUUCGAGCCCACGCCCGAGAAGCCCUUCGUCCUGGGUCUCCCAACCGGUUCCUCUCCCGAGGGCAUCUACAAGAACCUCGUCCAAGCUCACAAGCAUGGCGAGAUUUCCUUCAAGAACGUCAUCACGUUCAACAUGGUUCGUGUCACCUCUGGUCUGAAAUGGACGAGGGACAUGGACUCAAUGAAUUGUAGGACGAAUAUGUCGCGAUCCCCCGAGAACACCCGGAAUCUUACCAUUCCUUCAUGUAUAAGCACUUCUUCAGCCAUGUUGAUGUCGAUCCAGCGAAUAUCAAUAUCUUGAAUGGCAAUGCUCCCGAUCUCGAAGAAGAAUGCAUAGCAUACGAAGAGAAGAUCAGACGGGCCGGAGGGAUCGAAUUGUUCCUCGGAGGCAUUGGACCGGAUGGCCAUAUCGCUUUCAACGAGCCCGGGUCGAGCUUGAAAAGUCGCACUCGCGUCAAGACGUUGGCGUAUGAUACGAUUAUUGCGAAUUCAAGAUUCUUUGAGAAUGACCUGAACAAGGUGCCGAAGAUGGCCUUGACUGUGGGAGUGCAGACUGUUCUGGAUGUCAGUUGGUCGCUGCAAGCAUGAUGAGCGAAACUUUCAUGCUGACAAUCAGAUGUACAGGCACGAGAGGUCGUCGUCAUCAUCACGGGAGCACACAAGUCCCUCGCACUGCAGAAGUGCAUCGAAGGCGGUGUCAAUCAUAUGUGGACCUUGUCCUCCCUGCAAUUACAUCCUCAUGCCAUGAUCGUUGUCGAUGAGGAUGCGACGCUGGAACUGCAGGUCAAGACCGUCAAGGUAUGUUUUGCCCAUCAUCCGGCAAAAGACCAUGUCUCUCCGGUAGCCCCCGUCGAGAUGCAUUUCGCACCGACACUCACCUCUCUCACGUGUAGUACUUCAAAUCCAUCGAACAAGUCGCAACCUCCCAAGGCUUCGGCCAAGCCCUCGCACCAGAAGCAAAAGUCGCAAAGAAACGCGAUUCCGUCCUCGAGAAACUCGACAGUCCCAGAUCCCCUACAUCCGCAAAUCCUUCUUUCCUCGCUCCGGGUCCUAGGCCUAUCCUCGAACGCCAAAUCACGGCCGAACCUGAUUCUUCACUCGCUCCUCCGACCGAAAGACCUGAGCUCACGCGCGCUGUCACGCCGGAACUUGUGCCUGAUUCGAUGCACGCGAGGUUGCCGGAGCAGAGGCCGGAGGCGGGAUUAGAGGGGUUGGAGACGAAGGAAUUGCCGCUCAAGGCGAUGCAUGAGAGGGUCGAUUCGGCGGGUCCGAAGGUGGCGUAG